AUGGCUGCCCCCGGAGGAAAGCAGUUGCAAGACUGCGUCACGACGCCGAAUGAUGACGCUGUCGUCGGUGCGGAGAAGGCGGUGGCGACGGACGAGGAUCUCUCCUCCGGCCCGGGGACCUACGGCGACGAGGCCGAGUUCCAGGAAGGCGGCUAUGGUUGGGUUGUCGUCUGCUGCGUCUUCCUCAUCAACGCUCACACAUGGGGUCUCAAUUCGUCCUACGCCGUCUUUCUCGCCUACUAUCUGAAUUCUGGCGCCUUCGAGGGAACAAGCCCCAUUACCUUUGCCUUUGUUGGCGGUCUAUCCUUCUCCGUUGCUCUCCUCGUCUCGCCACUGACCACCCUCUCCAUCCGCCGCUUCGGCACAAAGCCCACCCUCGGCGCCGGCGUCAUCAUCCAGUCCGCCGCCCUCAUCGCCGCCUCUUUCAGCACCGAGGUCUGGCACCUCCUGCUCACGCAGGGUAUUGCCUUCGGCAUAGGCAUGGGCCUCGCCUUCAACGCCACAGUCGGCGUCGUCCCACAGUGGUUCCGGCGCCGUCGCUCCUUCGCCGCCGCCCUUUCGACCGGCGGCUCUGGCUUCGGCGGCCUCAUCUACUCGCUCGCCACUAACGCCAUGAUUGACAAUAUUGGCCUCGCAUGGGCCUUUCGCGUCCUGGCGCUGCUGUCGCUCGUCGUCAAUGGCGGGUGCUGCCUGCUCGUCAAAGACAGGAACAAAGCCAUCGGCACGGUACUGACGGCCUUCAACUGGCGGCUGCUGCGCAAGGUCGAGUUUUGGCUCUUUGUUAGCUGGGGGUUCUUCUCGCUGUUUGGCUACGUCAUCGUCAUCUUUUCGCUGCCGGACUAUGGCCAGAGCGUGGGGUUCUCGGCGAGCCAGGGGUCUCUGGCCGCUGCUAUCCUCAACUUGGCGCAAGGUAUUGGCCGCCCAUUGAUCGGACUGGCGAGCGACCGCUACGGACGCAUCAACUUGUGCGGUAUCAGCACGCUGCUGGCCGCGCUUUCGACGCUGUUCCUGUGGACGUUCACGGGCCAGCACUUUCCCGGCACCAUCGUGUAUUCCCUCUUCGGUGCCUUCGCUGGCAGCCUGUGGCCGACGGUAGCGCCCGUCGGUGCUGAGGUCGUCGGCAUCCAGCUGCUGCCUUCAGUGCUCUCCGUCUUCUGGCUCGUCCUCGUCUUCCCCGCCACGUUCGCGCAGCCUAUUGCGCUCGUCAUCAAGCAGCCCGGGGCUGAUGGCUACCUCGGUGUCCAGCUCCUGACCGGCUUCAUGUACAUCGUAUCCUUCAUCUCGAUUUGGCUGCUUCGCGUAUGGAAGCUCCGCCAGCUAGAAAACGCAGACCUCUUGGCCGAAGCACAGAGGGCCGCAGAAGAGGACGCCGGCGACGUGACGCGCAUCCCGACGCAUCGUACAUCGAGGACAAGCACAGGAAGGAUGGUUCUUCGAGGAUUCCUAUCUCUGAGACACGUUUAG